AUUUCACCGUUUUCUUGAUGUGAACAGUCACAAAGUAGAGAGGACGAUAGAAGGAAUACAUGAAAAAUUGAUAGUUCAUUCUGACCUUGGAAAAGCUGCAAGCUGGAAAAGACUAACAGAAAAAUUUCUGAACUCACCACUCCCAAGUGUUGAAGAAACAAAGACAGAUGCACACUAUUCCAUACUGUCUCUUCUGUUGUGUCUGUCUGAUUCUCCAUCCAACACCACCUAUGUGGAAAAACCAAGAGUCAAAGAAGUGGAAAAGGAAGAAGAAUUUGAUUGGGGAAAGUAUUUGAUGGAAGGAGAAGAAAUUUACUUUGGCCCUGGCAUAGAUACACCAGAUUGGUCUGGAGAAAGUGAAGAGGAGGAAGACACUCAGCCUUUGAGCAGGGAGGACUCUGGUAUUCAAGUAGAUAGGACACCUUUAGAAGACCAAGAUCCAAAUAAGAAAACAGUACCUAAUGUUUCCUGGAAAGUCGGUGAACCUGAUGCCCGCAGCUGGCUGGAGCAGCAUGUGGUUCCUCAGUACUGGACAGGAAGAGCACCUCGCUUUUCACAUAGUUUGCACUUGCAUUCCAACCUAGCUGCAGUCUGGGACCACCACUUGUACACCAGUGAUCCAUUAUAUGUGCCAGAAGAGAGAACGCUGGUUACUGAAACUCAGGUUAUACGGGAAACUCUUUGGCUACUUUCAGGAGUGAAAAAGCUUUUUAUAUUUCAACUGAAUGACGGAAAAGUGGCCGUGCGGAAUGAUAUUAUUGUAACUCAUUUAACCCAUAAUUGUCUGAGAUCUGUAUUGGAGCAGAUAGCAGCAUAUGGUCAAGUUGUCUUUAGACUACAGAAAUUUAUUGAUGAAGUGAUGGGUCACAGCCCGGAAAACAUAAUGCAUGGAACAGUUUCCACUCCAAAGAAAACUACUGAAGCCCCGUUCAGAACCUAUCAAGCUUUUAUGUGGGCAUUGUAUAAAUAUUUCAUUAGCUUUAAAGAAGAACUUACUGAAAUUGAAAAAUGCAUAAUCAACAAAGAUAAGACAGUCACACUUUCAAUAGUAAUAGAUAAGUUGUCUCCUCGACUGGCACAGCUGAAGGUACUUCACAAAGUUUUCAGCACAGGAGUAGCAGAAGUGCCACCUGACACUAGAAAUGUUGUCCGAGCAUCUCAUCUGCUUAAUACUCUCUACAAGGCUAUUCUUGAAUAUGACAGUGUUGGAGAAGCAUCUGAGCAAACGGUAUCCCUUCUGUUUUCUCUCUGGGUUGAAACUGUGAGGCCAUACUUACAGACAGUGGAUGAGUGGAUAGUCCAUGGUAACUUGUUUGAUCCUGCAAAGGAAUUUAUCAUUCAGAGAAACAAAAAUGUUCCAGUUAAUCACAGAGAUUUCUGGUAUGCUACCUACACCUUAUAUAGUGUGUCAGAGAAGACAGAGAAUGAAGAGAAGAUGAGUGAUAAUGCCAGUGCCAGUUCUGGCAGUGAUCAAGCCCCUUCAAGCAGGCAGCACACUAUGGUCUCUUUUCUGAAACCUGUGCUAAAGCAAAUCAUCAUGGCUGGAAAAUCCAUGCAGCUGUUGAAGAAUCUUCAAUGCAAAGACGGCUCUCCGCAGCAGGCUGCAUCAAGAGAUGCUGAACGAAAGAGUUUGUAUACACUGUUCUUGGAAUCUGUGCAGUCUCGCCUGCGGCAUGGGGAAGAGUCUGUUCCAGAUAUUAUUACAGAACAGCAGGCCACAAAGCAGAGCCUGAUAAAGAUGCAGUCUAUAGCAGAAAGACACUUGGAACUGGAUGAUGUCCAUGACCCACUGCUGGCUAUUAAUUUUGCCAGAUUAUAUCUGGAACAGAGUGACUUUCACGAGAAGUUUACUGGUGGGGAUGUUUGUGUGGAUAGAUCGUCAGAAUCUGUGACCUGCCAGACUUUUGAACUGACAUUGAGGUCUUGUCUUUAUCCACACAUAGACAAGCAAUACUUGGAAUGCUGUGGUAAUCUAAUGCAAACUUUGAAGAAGGAUUAUAGGCUUGUAGAAUAUUUGCAGGCAAUGAGAAACUUUUUCUUACUCGAGGCUGGAGAUACAAUGUAUGACUUCUAUACAUCUAUUUUUGACAAAAUUAGAGAAAAGGAAACUUGGCAGAAUGUUGCUUUCUUAAAUGUUCAACUCCAAGAAGCAGUUGGGCAACGCUAUCCAGAGGACAGUUCAAGGUUGUCUAUAUUAUUUGAAAGUAUUGAUACAGCAAAGAAGAAACUGCCUGUCCACACCUUAGAUGGUUUGACAUUGAGUUACAAGGUUCCUUGGCCUGUGGAUAUAGUUAUAAGCUUAGAGUGCCAGAAAAUUUACAAUCAAGUUUUUCUGCUCUUACUGCAAAUAAAGUGGGCCAAGUAUAGUCUAGAUGUUUUACGAUUUGAUGAACUAGUCUGUGCUGCAGAAAACCCACAGGUUAAGGAAGGAACCUUAUUAGAACAAGGAACGCUUCCUCUAUUUGGACCUCAAACAGAAAGUGUAAAACAACAAAUACAUCGCAUGUUCCUCUUAAGAGUGAAACUUAUGCAUUUUGUUAACAGCCUGCACAACUACAUCAUGACUAGGAUUCUACACAGUACAGGGUUGGAGUUUCAGCAUCAGGUAGAAGAAGCCAAAGAUUUAGAUCAAUUGAUAAAGAUUCAUUACAGAUAUCUAUCUACAAUCCAUGAUCGCUGCUUACUGAGAGAAAAGGUGAGCUUUGUGAAAGAAGCUAUAAUGAAAGUGUUGAAUUUAGUACUGAUGUUUGCAGACCGUUGGCAGGCUGGUUUGGGGGCUUGGAAGAUGGAAUCCAUAGAGAAGAUGGAAUCUGAUUUUAAAAACUGUCACAUGUUUCUUGUAACUGUUCUCAACAAAGCUGUGUGUCGAGGCUCUUUUCCUCACUUGGAAUCUUUAGCUUUGUCACUGAUGGCGGGCAUGGAACAAAGUUAACACCUGAAUCUGUUGAAAUACUGAAGAACUGAAAGCAGCAUAUAUAUUGAAAUUUCAGUGUUAAAAAACUGUAAGCAUUUUACACUCCAGUUUAAAAUGUGUGUAGGUAAAUGACACUGAUGGUUUGGAGCUGUGUAAAAUAUUUUAAAAUGUAAGUAAUGUACAGGUAUUUAAGUGUAUUGGUUGUGGCAGUAUUUUUUUCUGUAUGUAUAUGCUUCAACAUCACAAAACAUGUACAGUGUAAAAUUCAUCCUGUGUAAACAAUCUUACUUGAAAAAUACAUAAAAAGUAUUUC